AACAAGCAACGAGGGCGAGCCGCAAGUAAGAAAAGGAGGCCGGGUCAGAUCCAGAGGGCCAGCGUAUUGGCGUUCGCAUCUCGUCUCGGGAAAAAAGGAAGGCCAGCGAGGCGGGAAGGUGGCCCAGCAUGUCGUCGAAACAAAAGGUGAUGGUGCAGCCCAUCAAUGUCAUCUUCCGCUACCUGCAGCAGCAGACGCGGGUGAGCCUCUGGCUCUAUGACAACGAGGAGCUGCGCAUCGAGGGCAAGAUUGUGGGCUUCGACGAGUUCAUGAACGUCGUCAUGGCCGAGGCCGAGGAGGUGCCGAUCAAGAAGGAGUCGGCUGCGCAGCGAAAGACGCUGGGACGCAUCCUGCUCAAGGGAGACAACAUUACGCUCAUCCAGCCCGCUCUGUAGCCGCGUCUUCUUCCCAGGCGCGCUGCCGGGCUCUGAAACUGUACACUAGUCGUAAUCACACGAAGCUUCUUCUUUCAUGCCGCUUCUCGGACCGUAGAGCCUGGUGUCCCAUUCGCGCGCUUGACGCACCCACCGCAC